CUCACUCCUACAGAAAACAAAGCUCUUUCCCUUAUAAAUUACCAAAGACAUUUCAAAUUCAACAAAGUAAAAACAAGAAAUCAAAAUAAUUUUCACAAUGUAUACAUCUAAAACCUUAGUGUUUGGUCUUUUCGUUGCAACACUCCUCGUGUCUUGCAAUGCGGCUGCAAACGCCACAAUGCAGCCGCUUUUCCCAGCGAUUCUAAUCUUCGGGGACUCAACCGCAGACACAGGCAACAAUAACUACGAUUUACAAACCAUCUUCAAGGCUAUGCAUCUUCCUUACGGAGUUGAUCUCCCCGGCCAUGAAGCGAGCGGAAGAUUCUCGAAUGGAAAACUAAUCUCUGAUAUCAUUGCUUCCAAACUCAACAUUAAAGAGUUGGUUCCUCCAUUUCUACAACCAAACAUCUCCGACCAAGACAUUGUCACUGGCGUCUGUUUUGCAUCCGCGGGUGCGGGCUACGAUGACCGGACCUCACUCUCGAGCAAAGCAAUCCCAGUCUCACAGCAACCAAGCAUGUUCAAGAAUUACAUUGCUCGUCUGAAAGGUAUCGUAGGGGACAAGAAAGCGAUGGAGAUCAUCAACAACGCUUUAGUGGUCAUAAGCGCAGGGCCUAACGACUUCAUCUUGAACUUUUAUGAUAUCCCCACGAGGCGUCUCGAGUAUCCUACUAUCUAUGGUUACCAAGAGUUUAUCCUCAAGAGGCUUGACGGUUUUGUCCGGGAGCUUUAUAGUUUAGGUUGCCGAAAUAUUGUGGUCGGAGGGCUACCUCCAAUGGGAUGUUUACCGAUCCAAAUGACCACAAAAAUGAGAAACAUAUUGAGAUUUUGUGUGGAACAAGAGAACAAAGACUCCGUUUUGUACAAUCAGAAACUAGUAAAGAAACUGCCUGAGAUCCAAGCGUCUCUACCCGGAAGCAAGUUCCUUUACGCCAACGUCUACGACCCAUUAAUGGACAUGAUCCAAAACCCUAGUAAAUACGGAUUCAAGGAGACAAAGAAAGGAUGUUGCGGAACAGGAUACUUGGAAACGGCCUUCAUGUGCAAUCCCUUUACAAAGACUUGUCCGAAUCACUCGGAUCACUUGUUUUGGGACUCAAUUCAUCCCUCAGAAGCUGCUUACAAUUACAUUGGCAACUUUGUGGAUGCUCAGAUUCGAGGCUGGAUUAAGGCUUAAGCCAAUAAACAUUACGAAAUUAAUCAACUAAACAAUGUAUUUUGUCUUGGGAUUGACAAGGCACGUAGUUAUGGCCCUAUAGAUGCUUUGUAUUGGACUACGAUUAGAUUUUCUUUAAAUUUACUCUAAUAUUAAUAUAAUCUACAUUCAAUAUUUCCCCAUAUUACAAUUUUGUAAAAGAAAAAAAAAACACUUCUUUUCAUUUUCUACGAGUGGAAAGAAAGUCCA